CCAUUACUGGUAAAAUCCAUCUCUGCUUCUUUGCAUCCUUCAAAAGUCUCCCGUUCCUUUCCUCCUGUAUUAACAAUCUCGACAACCCAUUUAUCAGUCUAAUUUUUCCAAUAUACAUUAGGUAAAAUUCUGCCAGAUAACGGGUUUUCGCACUUCUGAUUCAUCUGGGUUUCAAUUGUUACUUAAAUUUGAGUGCAUCUGCUGUCUACUGCAUUCUAUUGCAUGAUGGCCACUGCUGAAGUAGCUCUGCAACUAUAUGAUGCGGCUGGUCCACAAUUUUGGGGAUCUAAUAUUGGCUAUAGAAUAUCAGGUUCAUCGUUUCCUUGUAGAUCCUUUGAAAGAUGCAGAAAGAAAAGGGUCUUAAAGUCAAUGAAAUCUCUUAAAUGUUUAAGCAGUUCAUGUAGGGGCAUUAGGAUUCAUCAGUUUCCGUGUAUCAAUGGGGUCUCACAUAGAUAUGCUGCGACUGAUAAGUUUGGUCUUUCGCAUUGCAAAUGCCAAUCUGCCGAUAAUGUCGGUGGCCUAACAGCCGAGAGUGGAAAUGGGACGUGGUUUGUGGAUAAUGCUAAGGAUUUCAAUUCAACGAACGGUAAUGUAAGGAAUUUUCUUGAGCUUGGGGCAGUCAAAGAGUUAAAACAUGAUAAGGAAUUGCACCACUCUAAUGGCAACCCACCAUCCUAUAAGACAAUUCAAGAUGGCAUGAACAAGGGUAAAUCGAGCUUCAUUGAGAAUGAGGCUUGGGAACUAUUGCAGGAAUCUGUUGCCUACUAUUGUGGUAGCCCUGUUGGAACAAUUGCUGCUAAGGAUCCUACGAGUUCCAGUGUUCUGAAUUAUGAUCAGGUCUUUAUUCGUGAUUUUAUUCCCUCUGGAAUUGCUUUCCUGUUGAAGGGAGAGUAUGACAUUGUCCGCAAUUUUAUCCUACACACACUUCAGUUGCAGAGCUGGGAGAAAACUAUGGACUGUCAUAGUCCUGGCCAAGGUUUGAUGCCUGCCAGUUUCAAAGUGCGCACAGUUCCUUUAGAUGGCGAUGACACUGCCACUGAAGAAGUUCUGGAUCCCGACUUUGGAGAGGCUGCAAUUGGUCGUGUUGCUCCUGUUGAUUCUGGAUUAUGGUGGAUUAUUCUGUUGCGUGCGUAUGGAAAAUGCUCAGGAGACCUCUCAGUACAAGAGAGGAUUGAUGUCCAAACGGGAAUCAAGAUGAUAUUGAGGUUAUGUCUUGCUGAUGGUUUUGAUAUGUUUCCUACGCUGCUGGUGACUGAUGGUUCUUGCAUGAUAGAUCGUCGGAUGGGCAUUCAUGGUCAUCCUUUAGAAAUUCAAGCACUAUUCUAUUCGGCAUUACUUUGUGCUCGUGAAAUGCUUGCUCCAGAGGAUGGAUCAGCUGAUCUUCUACGGGCAUUAAACAAUCGUCUUAUUGCCUUAUCCUUCCAUAUUAGGGAAUAUUACUGGACUGAUAUGAAGAAGCUGAAUGAGAUUUAUCGCUACAAGACUGAAGAGUACUCUUAUGAUGCUGUUAACAAGUUCAACAUUUACCCAGAUCAGAUUUCACCUUGGCUUGUUGGGUGGAUGCCAAAUAAAGGAGGCUAUCUGAUUGGAAACUUGCAACCCGCUCACAUGGACUUCCGGUUCUUUUCGCUGGGAAAUUUAUGGUCUAUUGUCAGCAAUCUUGCAACCACGGACCAAUCUCAUGCUAUACUGGACCUCAUUGAAGCGAAAUGGGCAGAUUUGGUGGCAGACAUGCCGUUUAAAAUAUGUUAUCCUGCUCUUGAUGGUCAAGAGUGGCAGAUAAUUACAGGCUGUGAUCCAAAGAACACGCCUUGGUCUUAUCAUAAUGGAGGUUCUUGGCCAACUUUGCUCUGGCAGCUAACUGUUGCAUGCAUUAAAAUGAAUAGACCAGAAAUUGCUGCAAAAGCUGUUGAGGUUGCAGAGAAGCGCCUGUCACGAGACAAGUGGCCUGAAUAUUAUGACACCAAAAGGGGAAGAUUCAUCGGCAAACAGUCGCGCCUCUUCCAGACCUGGUCAAUUGCAGGAUAUCUUGUGGCAAAACUUCUGCUUGCCAACCCGGGUGCAGCCAAGAUACUUAUUACCGAAGAGGAUUCUGAGCUUAUAAAUGCCCUUUCAUGCGCAAUCAGUUCCAGUCCAAGACGAAAACGCGGGCCAAAACCUUCCCAGAAAACCUAUAUAGUAUGAGAGUUGGAGGCAUGUAGCUGACAAGACAUCCUGGAAAGCUUCAUUUGCUUCUCGCUCGCCUGUACAGACGAGGGGUUUGCAUAUCCCUUACAGGUGGAUGCUAACAUCCUUCCAUCCAUGAUUAUUACGUAUUGGAUGGUCCCGUUAUACUAGUGUCGCAAUUCUUUUCCACAUUUCUUGGAGUUUGGUUCAAAGCUGAAAUUAUUUUACUUGUCGGCUUGUAUCACUAACUCCUACAGAAAGUGUUAAUUAUUGGAAGUGUCUGAUUCUAUCAUAUAUAAUAUAAAUUAUUGUAAUAUGUCGGUUACAAUAUAAAUUUAUAUAUAACAUAAAUUUGCUUGCAA